AGCAGGCGGAUGGCAACUUAACCUUUGCUACGAAGGAUACGUAGGCAUGUCACGCGUUGCCUAUAGACACUGAACUGGCCAUGGGACGUCACAAUGCCCGAGAGUACGUCACAGUCGCAGUUAACUUUAAGUUUCACAACUUUUAGGCAAGUAGGCAGUGUAACAUUGCAGCUCGCGGCAGCGUUUCUCGACGACACGGCGGUUACAUGCAUGCCCCAUGCGCCAUCAACAGAGGUAUCCAAAAUGGUGGCCUACGCGGACUAAAUUCUAGCCAGCACUCGCCUUAAGACGCGGCUAGUGAUAGCCUACCUAUCCACCCAGCCAACCCACACCGGCAGCAUUUCCCCCCCCCAUGGGCGGCCUACCGCCUGGCGCCGAGCGGCUGUUGCUGCAGGCCCGGAAGCGACUGGUGGACCACACGGCGUCACGCGCUCUGCACGACCCGCAAGUCUUCACCGACAUGUCCCCCUACCUGGAGCAGCAGCAGCAGCAGCACCUGCACCACCACCACCGCAACCACCACCUGCAACAGUACCUGCAGCAGCAGCAUAAUGCGGCCGUCACGCUGCGAGGAGGGGGCGCCAGCUCCGGUAGCCCCCGCACAGCCCCGCAGCAGCAGCUCGCACCAGCGGGCCUCCAGAGGGGUUCGACUGGCGGCAGUGGCGGCAGUGGCGGCAGUGGUGGCAGUGGCGGCAGUGGCGGCAGUGGUGGCAGUGGUGGCCUCAGCCCUGAUGGCACACGACGUCCGCCGGAGGGCGUACUUGCAUCUGCUGACGCCGCGGCGGCGGCGGCGGUAGCGGCGUACAGACAAGCUCAGGCGGCUGCGGCGGCAGCGGAGGCGGCUGCCGCUGCCGCUGGGCUGCCGUAUCCGCCGCCGCUGGGGCCGCCGGAUGCGGCCACAGCAGCAGCAGGAGGAGGAGCAGCAAUUGAACCAAGAGCAGCAGCAGCAGCAGAGGAAGUGGAGGCCCCGCCGGAGGCUCCUGACUCGCCAUUGAAGGGUGUCGUACGGCCCGUGGCGGUGGCAGCGGCGGCGGCAGCGGCGACUUCCGGAGCCGUGGCGGCGGCGGAAGCCUGGCUGGCGGCGACGGUAACUGACCCUCCCUCCGGCGGCAGUAGCAGCGGCGCCGCCGCCGCACCAGACAUCACCCUGCAGCCCCCGCAGCCAAAGGCAGGUGACGCGUCCCUCGCCUCCACCGCUGGCGACCCAUUCCACGGCAUGAGACACGACGGCGCCGCCGCCACAGCAGCAACCCAGCCCCAGCCGACGUCACCACAGCAGCAGCAGCACCUCCGACAUUCCUCCGGCGGAAGCGCCUCCGCCGCCGGCGGCGCAAGCUCGGGGCUUCCCGUCAUGGUCUCACCCCCGCGACCCGAGCGCGGUGGCAUCGUGUACAUCGACCCACGGGACACUAUCACCGACCACACGCAGCAGCCUCCUGGCUCGCCGCCGUACGCUGCUACGCAACCUGGGGCGGUGCUGUCGUACAGCGACGUGGUGGAAGUUGUGGAGUCGCCCAGAUACCGCCCCGGGGACUCCCUGCAGGGACCCCUGCCUGGAGGCUCAAGCCCAAGAGUUCGCUCGGAAGGUCCCUACACGCCCGUCUCCUACCCCUCCCCAGCCUCCGCCUCCGCCUCCACCCCCCGACGCAUGCUGUUCACCGCCCCACCGGGGGCAGCAUCCAGCCCCAGGAGCCCCGGCACCGCCUCCGCCGCCACCCCUGCCGGCCCGGUGGCAGCCGACCUCGCCACCGCCUCCUUCCCGGGUCAGCUGCGAGUGGCUGGCGGGUCCCGGCAGCAGGCGUACGGCUACCCGCAUGGAGGGAGGCGAGGCAGGCUCAGUGCGGAGGCUCUGAGGGCGCACGCGCAGGCGGCGAAGGGGCGGUCGGGGUUGCCGGCGGGACACAUGCCGGUGCUAGAAGGCGGACACUCCUCCCCGACCAGCCGCAUGCGGGGUGGCGCAGGCGGCAGCGCAGGGGAAGGCGGAGGUGGGUGGUAUGCCGCCGGGGAGGGCGCCGCAGCGCCGCAGCAGCCGCACGCGCCGGACCGCCCUGCCACCGCGCCGGCAGCCAUCCACGGCGGUGGCGGCAGCACAGUCCUGGUAGGAAACCGGUUUGACGAAGGCCGUGGCGACCCGAACCACCCACCCGCGGCCCCGGCUCCCCCGCGGUUCCGGUACGUGCCGCCACUGCAGCUGCGCAUGCAGCGGGAGGCUCAGCAGGCUCAGCAGCUGAGGAGCAGCCUGGGGGAGGUGGCUGCCGGGGUGGCGGCGCGGAGCUUCCGGGAGCAGCAGCAGCUGCCACCCUCGCAGGCAGGGGGGCCCUGGGCGCCUGUUGCGGACGCCGACCCUGACGCCCUACUGGAGGCGGUGCAGCUGGUGCGGAUGAGCAGGACGCAGCAGCAGCAGCCGCGCCGGCAGCAGCCCGGCAGCGCCGACAGCAGCCUGGCACGGCAGGUGCUCCUGGGGCAGCAACAGGAGGAGGGCGGCGGCGGUGGUGCGUUCGGGAGCCCAAUUGUGGUGGAGGAGGAACAGCAACCCGCUGUAUCGCCGGCUAGGGGUGCCUCAGAAGGGGGAGCAGGAGGCGAGGCGGACUCAUGGGGGGGCAGGCGUUCUCUGACGCCGCGUCCACUGCAUUUUGGAUCGACCCAUGGGUCACCACAACGCACGCAGCAGCUGCAACCACAGCAACAGCAGCAGCAGCAGCAGGGAGUGCGCCCCGCGGUUGCUUUCAGGCACCCCGGCGGGGAGGGAGCGGGGACAGCGCCCUCACCCGCCCCUGCCGUCGAGGACGGACUGGAGCAGGAGCCGGCGGAGCAAGAGGAGGAGCCGCAUGAGGACCAGGCAGAGGUGCAGCAGCAGCAGCAGCAGCAGGGGCGGCAGCAGGGGCGGCAAGCGAGGCAGCAGCGGCGGUUCUCCCCCGCGAUGGCCCGGCUGCUGAACGCCCGGGCUGCGGGCCGCCUGGUGUCACCACGACCGCCGCCGCCCCCGCCGCCGCCGCCCAUGUAUCGAGACCGGCCCAAGCCCACCCCAGCAGAGAAAGCGGCUGCGCAGGCGGUAGCAGGGCUUGCAGCGGGCGCACCGGGCCCCAUUGUGCGAGCGUACGCCAUCCUUGCGGCCAUGGGCAACGGUCAGAAGAUCGACCCCUCGGAGCUGCAGUAUGACCCACGGGUCAGCGCAGUGGAGCAGAUGCUUGAACCCACGGCCACGUCCAUGCUAGCCCUGCUGUACCUGUCAUGUCGGCGUCCCGUACCGCACCCCGAUGACUUCCUCUGGGAGGAGGAGCCGGAGCCGGAUCUCGAGACCAAGGCGGAGCCCGCCGCUCCCGCUGCUGCUGCAGCCGGCGGCGGCGCCAGCCAGGACAUGGACGCGAGUCGGGAGCAGGCGGUCCUGUCAGGCACCGAGUCCCAAUGCGAGCCCAGCGCAAACAACACCCGCAGCAGCAGCAGCAGCGGGAGCAGCAGCAGCAGCACCUCCGGCGGCAGUACCAGCAGCCCCAACACAGCCAGAGCCCAUGUUGACGCUCAAGCCGGCUGCGGAGAUGAUGACGGUGAUGACGGUGAUGAAGACCACAUCGCCGGUGUCAUCAGCGAGCUCAGCGGCCUGACCCCCGCGGGAGACCUCUUCCUGGACGCGCAGUCGCCCCGGCGGGCGCCGUACCGCCAGACCUACCGCCACGUGGAUGCCUGGAGUGUACGGGACAGCGGGCUGGUGGCGGAGGGGCGAGUACGGCAGAUGAAGCUGGCGGGGCGGGAGCGGGUGCCCGCGGCGUACAUCAAGGCGGACAGCGCCCUCCGUGAGCCGCUCAACCUGGGGGGAGACCGGGAGCUUGAGGAGCGGGCGGAUGAGCUCAGGGAGGCUAUGGCACAGCAGGAAUACGAAGAACGGGCCAACAUUGCGAGGGAGGAACUGCGUGAACGGGAGUGAAUGUCGCUGAGCAGCGUAUGACAGCAGGCUUCAUGCGGCAAUAUGGAGAGAAUGGUCUGUAAGCAAACAUUGGACGCAUAAACUGGAAUUCGCGCUUCUUCAUUUCGUUAUCGGUGGCACGCAGGGGUUUGUUCGUUUGCGCACCUGGCCUUUGUUGUGGUUAUUUAACAAGUUCGUGCUCGUUGGUCGUCUUUGCAUGUAUAUAUUUUGCUCUGUAACAAGGUAAAGCCGCUUUUGGUUAUGUGAACGUAGAAAAUGAUCGUAUACGGUUGUGCUGCCUGAGAGGUGUCAGCCUGCUGCGGCAGGGUUCCUGAUAGGGCUGGUGUUUUGACGGGCAGAUCGACAGGUGAACGCUGCCCUCUUGUCUGCCACAUCUUAUCUGCCCUUGCAAAGUGUUUUCUGUUUGUAAUAAGCAACGCUACAG